AUGUCUUUGUUCCUCUGGGUCUUCACUUGGUGGCCCUCUUCAGCCCUCUCCCUGCUGCUCAGUGUAGUGGGCAGACAGACGGGGCUGGAGGUGGUUCAGGCGACAGUGUGCUCACGUUUAGAUCUAGAGGCAUUAAAAUAUACAUAUGCUAUGGUCUUUGCCUUGGAGGAAAUCAAUCGUAACAGCACCCUGCUACCAGGAGUGAAGCUGGGCUAUCGUAUACUUGACAGCUGUUCCCGAUACCCCUGGUCUCUGCAAGGUGGUGAGCUUGUUCCAUUGCUCAUUUGCGCUGCCUCCUCGACAAGCAUAAUAAUAUCCAGGAUCCUGGGCCCUCUCUCUGUGCCAGUUAUCAGCUACUUGGCUAGCUGCCCCUGUCUUAGUGACAGGACGAAAUUUCCUAACUUCUUCAGAACAAUCCCCAGUGAUAUUUACCAAGCCCGGGCCAUGGCACAACUGGCCAUACGCUUCAACUGGACAUGGAUGGGAGCAGUUGUAGCAAACACUGAUUAUGGUCAAUUGGCAAUACAGGUAUUUCAGGAGGAGAUUCAGGGGAAAGGAGUAUGUUUAGAAUUCAUAGAGACUGUUAACAGAGAAAAUAUAAUGAGUGAUGCCAGACGUGCAGCUCUCAAAAUUAAAGCUUCAACUGCAACAGUGAUUCUGAUCUUUUGCUGGUAUACAGAUGUGAAGAAGGUUCUUCUAGAACUGGCUAAGAUAAAUGUGACAGACAGACAGUUUCUGGCCAGUGAGGCUUGGAGCACCAGUGAUGAUCUUCUUCAGGAUCUUGCCAUCUCUAAAGUAGCAAGUGGUGUUCUUGGUGUGGCUAUUCGAAGUUCAACAAUACCUGGAUUUGAAAAUUAUCUCAGGAGUUUGCACCCAAGUCAUCGUCCUGAUGAUGAAUUCUUCAGAGAAUUCUGGCAAAAGGAGUUUGGAUCCUGCAGUGGGACAGAGUCCCUGGAGGGAGUGCAGCAUCCCUUCACUGACACCUCUCAGCUAAGGGUGGCACAUAAUGUGUACCUGGCUGUUUAUGCUGCAGCCCACGCCCUCCACAGCCUUCUCUCCUGCCCCAACAGAGACAGCCCUCCUGGAAACAACAGCUCCACCUGUUCUUCUCCAAAACACAUCAAACCCGGAGAGCUGUUGCAGCGCUUGAACAAAGUGAAUGUCUCUACACCACAAGGAGAAAUGUUUCAUUUCCAAGGUGCUGACAUUCCGGCAAAGUACGACCUUGUCAACUGGCAGAACACCCCUGAAGGAUCACUUAAACUUGUUUUGAUCGGUCAUGUGGACGGGUUUGACCUCCACCUUAAUGAGUCAGCUAUUCAGUGGAGCACAGGAUCCAAUCAGGUUCCUGUUUCAGUGUGCAGUGAGAGCUGCCCCCCAGGUACCAGAAAGGCCAACAGGAAAGGAGAACCUCUCUGCUGCUUCGACUGUAUCCCAUGUGCUGAAGGGGAGAUUAAUAAUAGAACUGAUUCUCUACGCUGUGAGCGUUGUCCGUCUGAGUUCUGGUCCAAUUCUGAACAAACAGCCUGUGUCCCUCGUCAGCUGGACUUUCUUGCCUUUAAUGAAACAUUGGGCAUCACUCUGACCACUGCAGCUGUGUCUGGUGCUGCAGUGACGACAGCUGUGUUUGUAGUGUUUAUUUUAUACCACAAAACACCUAUGGUGCGAGCCAACAAUUCGGAACUGAGCUUCCUGCUUCUUCUGUCUCUGAAGCUUUGCUUCCUUUGCUCACUGGUCUUCAUCGGUCGUCCAUCAGUCUGGUCCUGUCGGUUCCAGCAGGCAGCCUUUGGGAUCAGCUUUGUACUUUGUGUUUCCUGCCUCCUAGUCAAAACCCUCGUAGUUCUUGCUGUUUUCCGCUCAGCUCGGCCUGGUGCUGAAACUUUGAUGAAAUGGUUUGGUCCGGGCCAACAGAGAGGAAGUGUCUGCCUCUUUACUUUUGUACAAGUUAUCAUCUGUGCCAUAUGGCUGUCUCUCAGCCCCCCAGAGCCUCGACGUGAUCUGGGUUUUCAAGGGUCAAAAGUCACCCUGGAGUGUUCCAUGGCCUCUGUGGUGGGCUUCUUCCUGGUUCUGGGCUACAUCGGCCUGCUGGCCUGCACCUGCCUCCUCUUGGCCUUUCUGGCUCGGAAACUUCCUGACAACUUCAAUGAGGCCAAACUGAUCACCUUCAGCAUGUUGAUAUUUUGUGCUGUCUGGGUGGCCUUUGUCCCUGCUUACUUUAGUUCUCCUGGGAAGUAUGUUGUUGCGGUGGAAAUUUUUGCAAUCCUGGCCUCCAGCUAUGGUUUACUGAUCUGUAUUUUUGCCCCCAAAUGUUUCAUCAUCCUAUUGAGGCCUGAGAAAAACACUAAAAAAAACGUGAUGGCCAGAUAGUUUUUCUAGCUUGAAUGUGAGCGGUUGACUCAUCAUCAAAUUUGUCUGCCGGCCCCUCCAACUUGCCCCCGGCUGGUAUCAUACAGGUGUUUUAUGAGUAUGUGUUGAUUGUAAUCAUCUAAAUAAAGUUGAUUCCAAAUGUACUGAGCUAUAGGAAUUUAAUAAAUAUCUUCUAGAGGAAUUCAUCAUCAGGAAACAAAUGUAGUUAAAUCAAAGCCUGCUCAAUACAAAUGCCAAUUCAGUUGGAUUUAUAUGGUUGUCUUUCUUUUUGUUUUGAUGUUAUACUGUACCAAAACUGAAGAAAAGUCUCCUUAAGUUUCCUAAAUGAAUAAAUAAAUAAUAAAUAAUAAUAAUAAUAUAAAAAAAAGAUAAUGAAAACAUAAAUAUAAACAUAGCACAAAAAGUAAGGAAAUUUGUGUUUGGUAGAUUAGUUCUUUGUUGUAACAAUGCUUCUUUGCAAUAAAGCUUAUACCAUUGAAAA